UGUACUAUGACAGCAACCAAUGCUUCCAAUCUCAGUGCACAUAUCAGAACUCAUUCUCCAGACGAAAAGAAAUACUUCUGUGAGGUAGAAGGCUGCAAUAGAAGGUUCCUGAGGAACGCUGACCUUGAACGACAUAAGAAAAAACAUUCCCCUGGAACCGAAAUGAAUGUCUGUGAGUAUUGUAUGAAGAGUUUUACAAGGAAGGACUCAUUGAAGAGACAUCGAGACAAUACUUGCAGGGCUCUCCCUAUGAAUGAGGAACGCUAA